UCAAUUGAUUUGAUGAUUGUUUUUGUGCGUGUGUAGCGAAAUUUUUGAACUUCUUUUCAGAUAGAUACAAAAGCAUCCACAGUUUUGUUGGUUUACUGCAGAGUAUUCUUAAAUGUAGCUACGAUUUCUCUGCAUCAAUUAGUGCUUUAAUGAAGAAACUCUCAGGCUGCAUAAGUUGUGAUUUUACAUUAGCAAACGAAUUUUGUUGGGUGUGAAUAAUACUUUGUUGAUACCUACAUUGAAGCCAGACUGUAAGAGUGAACUAAACAACUAAAGCAGCUGCCAGCAGCGACGAUAGAGCGGACCAUCGGACUGCUAGGAUCAAUGGAUGGUCAUAUUAAUCUCGACCAUACUACAUCAAACACGCCGUCUGCAACGGGUGUUGGCUUGAAUGCCCCUGUUGGGGAUGAAGCAGACUCGGUUGAUAAACGAUCCACCAAGAAAAGGCGCUGGCAAACAACGCCUGCCGAAGAUGCAGGCAACCAUUCGUCAUAUGGGACCACGGACUCCGUUCCACAGGUAACGAUCCGGGAUCCCAGCAGGCGAUCGGGCCAAACCGCCAACAGACAAGUACGAUCUUCCGGCGGUGAUGAUAGAUCACGUCAGCAGGAGGAAGAAGAGGAAGGUCUCAAGUACGGUGCCCAGCACGUGAUUAAACUGUUUGUUCCGGUAACUCUCUGCAUGAUAGUGGUAGUGGCUACCAUCAGCUCGAUCAACUUUUACUCAACCAAAGAUGUAUAUCUGGUUUACACACCGUUCCACGAGUUGUCGGACGAUACGGGCACUAAGAUUUGGAACGCUCUCGCCAAUUCGUUGAUUCUAAUGACUGUGAUCGUAAUCAUGACAAUACUGUUGAUUGUGUUGUACAAACGUCGCUGCUAUAAAGUGAUUCACGGCUGGCUGAUCCUAUCCUCGUUGAUGCUGCUGUUCUUGUUUAGCUAUCUUUACUUAGAGGAAGUACUAAGGGCGUAUAACAUUCCUUUCGAUUACCCGACUGCUCUGCUGCUCAUGUGGAACUUUGGCGUCGUCGGCAUGAUCUCAAUCCACUGGCAAGGUCCACUUCGGUUACAGCAGGGGUAUCUCAUCUUCAUCGCCGCCCUCAUGGCUCUGGUUUUCAUCAAAUAUCUGCCUGAAUGGACCACCUGGUCGGUGCUGGCUGUAAUCUCAAUUUGGGAUUUGAUAGCUGUGUUAACGCCGAAGGGUCCUCUUCGAAUUUUGGUUGAAACAGCUCAUGAACGUAAUGAGCAGAUUUUUCCUGCAUUGAUAUAUUCUUCAGCAACAAUCAUGUACUCAUAUAUGGGGACACAUUCGGAUCCAAGCGAGGAAGCUUUGACGCGCUCUGGGGGAUUAAGCGGAGAACGUAGCAUCGGUACUACCAGUUAUGGAUCGACGGAAUCCCCUGUGCAUAGUCUAGCGCAACAGCAGAGGCAUCAACAAAUUGUCGGAAAUGUGGAAGAUCAAUCCGGAGGCUUCACCCAAGAGUGGGCUUCGUCUUCGCAGCAGCGGGUGGCUCGUCGUCAAAUCGAAGUGCAGGCCAACGUCGCUAGUAAUCCAAACCGUCCCGAGUAUCGAACCGUAACGGCCGAUUCGAAUCGCACCAAUAACUCCGAAAGCCGUGGCAACGGUGGUGAUUCACAGCAAGUUCCAUUAUACGAACAGGCGGAAGAGCGGGGCAUAAAGCUCGGGUUAGGCGAUUUCAUAUUUUAUUCCGUGCUGGUAGGAAAAGCGUCUAGCUAUGGAGAUUGGAACACGACAAUAGCAUGCUUCGUAGCGAUCCUUGUGGGACUAUGUCUGACGUUGCUUUUGCUAGCGAUCUUCCGAAAAGCUCUGCCAGCGUUACCGAUCUCAAUCUUUUUUGGACUUAUUUUCUGCUUCGUGACGAGCGUGAUUGUUAAGCCCUUCACCGAAGCUCUCGCGUCGGAACAGGUCUUCAUCUAGUGGUCCCUUUUGGACGGCAGCCUGAUUUAUUUGUUUUGAGAAAAAAAGUUUGCUAGCAGUACGAAAUCAAGUAAAACUAAUACUUAACUUAUUAUCAAACACUAAUUCCGGUUAACUGUCCAAGCUAAAUGUAAAGCGAUGAGACAGAAAUGAAUAACUAUAACUUUAAAAAAUAGCCUAAGCAUUAUUAGCUAAUGACUAUUGUAAUCUAUUGAGAAUUCAUUCCUUUUAAACCUAUUUAAUUAAGAUAACAGUUUUUUUGUA